GUUCAGGGCGGGGCAGACCGGUGAGUCAGCUGCUCCCAGAGCCAGCCUGGGAGGGUACAGAGCUGGAGGAGCUGGGUGUGAGGUGCACUGGCCAGUGGAGAGGCAGUAUCUGGAGGGAACCGGGCUUAUUGGAUUUGUGUUGUGCUGAAGGGACAGCCUUAGGUCUGGAGAAGAGAAUCCCCGGACUGUGAGACCCGCCUUCCUUAGUCCCGGGCCCCUCCCAGUUCCCCCAGCGACCGCGGCUUCCUGGUCCCCGACGCAACCAUGGCCGAAGAACAACCCCAGGUCGAAUUGUUCGUGAAGGCUGGAAGUGAUGGGGCCAAGAUUGGGAAUUGCCCCUUCUCUCAGAGACUGUUCAUGGUGCUCUGGCUCAAGGGAGUCACCUUCAACGUCACCACGGUUGACACCAAGAGGCGAACAGAGACAGUGCAGAAGUUGUGCCCUGGAGGGCAACUCCCAUUCCUACUGUAUGGCACUGAAGUACACACAGACACCAACAAGAUUGAGGAAUUUCUGGAGGCAGUGCUAUGCCCUCCCAGGUACCCGAAGCUGGCAGCUCUGAACCCUGAGUCCAACACAGCUGGACUGGACAUAUUUGCUAAAUUUUCUGCCUACAUCAAGAAUUCAAACCCAGCACUCAAUGAUAAUCUGGAGAAGGGGCUCCUGAAAGCCCUGAAGGUCUUAGAUAAUUACUUGACAUCUCCCCUCCCAGAAGAAGUGGAUGAAACCAGUGCUGAAGAUGAGGGCAUUUCUCAGAGGAAAUUUCUGGAUGGCAAUGAGCUCACUCUGGCUGACUGCAACCUGUUGCCAAAGCUCCACAUAGUGCAGGUGGUAUGUAAGAAGUACAGGGGAUUCACCAUCCCUGAGGCUUUUCGGGGAGUGCAUCGGUACUUGAACAAUGCCUAUGCUCGAGAAGAAUUCGCCUCCACCUGUCCAGAUGAUGAGGAAAUUGAGUUGGCCUAUGAGCAAGUGGCCAAGGCCCUCAAAUAAGCCCCUCUUGGGGUUUCCUCACCCCCUCCAUGUUCUCCACAGAGGCCCUGGGUGGUUUCCACAUUGCUUCCAAUGGACACACUCCAAAAUGGCCAAUGGGCAGAGAAUCGUGGGGCACUUGUGCGGGAUUGGGGGCAGGGUCUGGGGAAAAAAAGAUAAGGGUAAAAUUUUUAUUGUGGGGUGGGAUGGGUAGGACAAUGUAUUUCAGUAAUAAAAUGCAGAAUGAAAAUACAGUGUUUUUAC